ACAGGUAGUUUAUAUUAAUUUAGAUUUAUUUGUGCAUUUUAUAACACCUUUUUUUGUUAUUUUAGAUUGAAGUCGAUCCAUUUCUACAAAUCCAACCUCCGGGAUAUGUGAUGCAACCUCAAGGCAGUUAUAUGAGUUUGUUAAUGAAUGUGAACAACCUACAAACUGCUUCACAAAAUUCAUUUGAGUUGCAUGAUUUCAAUCUUGAGAUAAAUCCUAAUCCCCUCCCCGAGCCGGAGCCGGCUCCCGAAUUCGAGCCUGAACCCAAGCCCGAGCCUGCAUUUAGUGAUCCUGAUGUAUGUCUGGCCUUGGAAAGGAUAAAGCUUAAGCCUCCACGAAUUCAAGAAUUAGUUGAUCAAUUACAAAUUGGCAUUGGUAAGAACCAUUACAUUCGGGUCGAUUCACCUGACGGGAUGUAUCCCCAGCCGAUUUAUGAGAACAUAUUGUAUUCCGAUUUGUUAAACAUGCUCUUGGAGGGUUGGCUUGAUGUCACAAUAUUACAUUGGGUUGCCAUGUAA